GAUCAGAGAUGUAUUUUGGCCCUAAAGCGCCCUUUGGGCAGGGCGCUUUAACUUUGCCGAUUGUGUCAAAACUGGCUGGUAGGGCUGUACGUCGGGGAGUGUGGCGAGGAGUGAGUUUGGUUCCAGCAGUGGCCAGGUCUUUCAUGUGGUCAGUGAACUCCAGGUGGGGGGAGGAUGGGGAGAGUGUGAGUAACGAGGAGGGGGACCUGGAUGGAGUCUGGGGGUUGGAGGUAGGUGCUGGUGAGGGAGGUAAAGACUCCUCCUCUCGGAAGGGUGGAGAAAGUAGGAGAUCAGAGGCGGUCCCUGAUGAUGAGGUUGAAGACUCCUCCUCUUGGCUGUCCUUAGGUGGGGGAAUACUUCCCGUAAGGUCUCUAUGGCGAUGCUGCGUGGUUAUCUCUUGUUUAGACUCCUCUUGUCUCUUGUCCUUGGCAGUAGGAACAGACGGAUGAUGCAGGAAGAAAAAUAUGUUAGAGGUAAACAGUUUUAAACUUCAUGUGCCUUAAAAAGAUGUCUGCGCUCCCAGAAAAGGUAGAAAUUGUUGAUAAAAUGUACUGACUGGUCAGUACAUGCAGUUGACAGCCAUUUGUUCAGUGCAAACAGCCUGCUGAAUCCUUCAUCUCCUCCUCUGACUGGUGGAAGAGGGCCACUGAUAAACAACUCAGCCUAACCAGGCGAGUCAUUAAGAACAAAUUCUACAAUGGCCCACUCUUCAGUUUACAUGUUAGUUUAUACAGGCAGUAAAAUGAGAGCUUCUAUUUUCCAGUUCAGUGAGUCCUAUAGAGUUGUUGGUUCUAUAGAGAGGGUCUCUCAGUUAUUGUGCUCAGUCAGAAGUGCAGGCUCUGCCUGCUACAGGGAUAAUACCAUGGACCACGUAUGCUUGGAUUACUGUGCUGAAGAGUCAUAGGGUUGUGUCGUAAUCAGCCACUCUACUAUCUGCUAGAAAGGGAGCUCUGCUAAGCCUUUAAGCUUAUUUAAGACACUCAACUCUAAUUAAUUAGCAGAAAACAGCAGCAGCCACUUUGUGAAUGAGCAUAUGAUCCCUUCAGGCUGAUGGGGGUCAGGGUUGGGUAUGUUGAUGUAUCACUUUAUAACUACUGCAUCUCUCAUCAAAGUGGAUCAUUACUUAUGUGUACACUAUAAUGAACAGUACAUCACUGCCGCUAACUAAGACCAACAUGUCUGCCAAGCAAUAUAGAGUCCUCUGCUAUCGAUUGUAAAAUAUUGGUUGAAUGAACCAAUAAGCAUUGUGAACUAUGACAAAAUAUACUUCUUCAAGCAAACAUAGAUCAUUUAUAGGAGAAAAUAGUAGUUGAAUACCUCUGUCAUCUUAACAAAAGGUCAGAGAGUGAAUAAAAUAGAAUAGAGCCCAGUCAGCAUCGAUGCAUCAGUUUCAGUGGUUAGCCGGAUACAUUUUCAAUCCUUAUUUUCCGGUCGUUUAUUUCCUAAAUAGAUACUACAGUAGCCCAAAAGCCAGCAGUGCUGCUUUUCUGUCAAUCUACCUGCGAGAAACAUUUCAGAUGGUCCCAUAGUAAAUAUAUGAGGACAAAAACCAUCCAACUCAUUCACAUCUACAAGGUGAGGCAAUAACCCCAAGCUGGUAAAAGAGAAAAACAUACAGUUUAUUCUUGACCUUGACCAACAGCACUUGACAAAGCAUUCUUAACUCAAGGUCAAAUGUGCUCCAACAAAUAAGUAAGUAGAGAUGAGUGGUGAUUGUUUUUAACUAAUUCUGCUAUCAUUAAUGGAAAUGGAUUUCUCCAGAUGUUUAAUAUGUGGCCUACUGUUUGAAAGAUAAUGGCACUACUUUUACUGGUUUACUUUGAACUCUAGUAAUGUCAUGUUUUUUUUAAUUACAAAUAAAUUAUAGAAAUAUAGAACUGUUUAUCUUAAGAACUCUAAACGGAAUCUUUACUAUCAUGGGUUAUUACUCAUAUUCCAUAUAUACUUUACAGUUUAGACAUAAUGACAAUUAAUUUAGAACACAGAGAGAAAAUACAUAGGAGAGCUAGUGUAUAGUGAUUGAAUGCUAUUUGAAACACUCUAUGAUCAAGUAUGGCAGUUUGAUCAACAACUUAGUUUGAUAAGGUCUUGUGCAGACUAAAUCCUAAUGUGAUUUGAGUUAGCUUGCAUUAAGGUUACUUGUCCUUGAGUUAAGUUGUCAUGCACCCUGCACUGCCACAAGUUGCAGCUCUGUAUUUAUAGCAGGGCUUCUAAAUGUCUUUCCUCGUUAUUGAGACACAGCGUUCACUGUGUACCUGCUGUCUUGAGGUUGGAUUAAUCCUGUCUACUGUAAAAGGACCACAUCUUAGACAUGCAAUGGAAAGGGAAGAUCUGCUUCUGCCUGUGUGUACAGUUAUCUGGCUGUAAGGCAUUAUGUUAAGGCCAGUCACUGCAGGUAGAUAGAGAAAGGGAUGAAUCUGUAGUGGAAGAUUUGGCUCAAGCACGAUUGAUGAUCAAGGAAGAUGAACACAAACACAAAAGAGGACGAGUGCAGAGGGAAGCUACAGGCAUGUAGUAUCAGAAAACAGGAGACCCUGGGACUGUGUGUAUGAGCUGUGUGGUCAUGUGUGUGAGCGUAUGCAUGUGGGACGCCCUGGGAUCAGUGCUGAGCUGGUUUUCUGCUCGCCUAUGUGCUCUGGUGCUGGAUACAGCUGAUGCAUUGAAGCACUGGAGACCCCAGGAAGCUCUUGAACACUCCCCCCACCUCUCUGACGGAUUAGGCUUAGAGGAAGGGGAUUUGGGAGCUGACCCCCUGGAAUGGCGUGAGAGAGGAAAAGGAAAGGGUGACACUUCUGCAAAGUAUUUUGACUCCAACUCUUGGCACAGCGACACUCUGACAGAUUUUAGUCUGGACGGGGAAGACUCUCUGGAUGCUUUGCUAGGUCUUGAGGAGACCUGCCUUGGUCGGCGAGCGACAGGCCGCACCUUCCACACAGGGCAGAGAAAAAACAGAUGGAGAGAGUCAGUGACGGCCAAGGACGACCACAGAGAUGCCACAGAGACAUAUGUUGGACGAUUUAGAUGUAGCAGGAGGAAAAGCCCAGAGAGCUAUGUGAACCUUAAUAUUCCCUCCAAGCUCAGCACUAGAGACCUGUGCUCAGUUCAAAUUCGACCCUGUCCAAGAACAGAGGAACUAAAACAAGACUUGCACAAUGAACAGUCCAGUUUAAAGGCUGUUUGCAAAGAAAUUCAAGUCAAGGUUAGCACGGAUUCAUACAGUUUACAUGUACAAAGCCAACAUAACACAGACACCUUUGACAAGAAGGUAAAUAAUCCACUAGACACUCCGGAAGAGAAAUUGCAUUUACAACCUGAAAAAAGCAAUCCCAUCAGACUGAAUGAAUCUACAGACUCAGAAACAUGCAUAAUACAUCUAGAUACCACAGAGGACAACAUUGUGGAGACACAACAGCAAAUCAGACACAGGCAGAGCACAAGCUUACAGACAGGAAACAUUGAAAGUAAAAACUUAGAGAAGACAGACAGAGAAAGAUUAGAAAUCUGUAAAGUUCAGGAUGUAGACUUAGAGAAUCUUGACUUACUCAGAACUUACUCUGUAAAGAAAAAUACAAGCUUGAAUAGAUGCAAUAGCGACAAUAAUGAUAGACAUUACAGACAGAGAGACCAUUUAGAACACCGGCAUAUAAUCAAUGAAGACAAAGACAUACAGGCUCAAAAAGUGGACAAGGACAAAAGGGACUUGUGCCCGAGUGUGGGGACAUAUUUUAAUGGAAAUGAUCACAAAAUAGUGAGUAACUGUAAAGACAACACAUGCAUAUCUGAUACACAUUUCACCGACCUAUUAAAUGCACAAAUACCCGACAGAUUUCGAGCGUGCUCUUGUACAUAUACUGAGACAAAAUACACAGACCCUCAGUUAAUUACAGAUAUUGUUGUAGCAAGUCCAAACAUCACAGAAGCACAAAGCGCAAAUACAAAUAGUGUGUCACAUAACACAAAGUCAGCAAAGCUCAGAGACACACUCAAUACAGUCAGUACAAUGGCAGACAAGUUGGAUAUUUGCCGUUCACAAACUCUGUGUGAAGACAGCUCCAACAGAGGACUGUCAGAGAUCCACCCUCAGGUUUGUACUAUAGCUACAAAGCCCCAGGAUAAGGCAAGGGUGUCGGAUGUCUGCUUUCAGGAGGAGCAGUUUGGGUGUGUUUGUACUACAACAGAGGGGAUAACGCCACCUGGGACAGUAAAUGAAAUAUGUUCCUCCAUUACAUUUUCCACAGAGACCACAGCCUCUUUUUCAUUGGAUACCUGUUUUACUGAGCUGACUGUGGCUCCAAAGGUUUCUACACUAUCCUCAACUGUCCUGUUGGCAGACUCAGAUAGGAAAGAGCUCACUGACAGGCAACCAGAUCAAAAACAACCUCAGGGAGCAAGGUUACAACCAUGGCAAGUUCCAGGUCCAACGCAUGGUUUAAUUCCCAAUCACUUUGAUCAGGGGGGUGCUAUGAUGGAAAUACCCACUCAUAUGCAACUCCAUUCUGUGGACAAGCUUUUGGAGAGGGAACCAGGAACUGAUUCAACUCAAAUCCAAUCUGAUACUGGUAAGGAUUCUGAGGAAUUUCUGUCUCAUCACCCAUUGUCGAACCAAGAAGCAGAGGAUACAUCCACUCUGUUAUCAGAGAACUGUGGAGGAGAGAGGAGGAGGGAAGGAUCACCCUGCUCUCUUAUUUUGCAAAACAAGCAGCAGGAGGUGGAGAGUAGUCAUGUUUAUCAUGACCAGGAGUCCAUUCAGGACAGUAGUAGAGAACACCCAGACAUAGCUCAAAAGGCCAUUUCCAAGACAAACAUACAAACUACUGUCAGCAAAAUGUCCAGUCAUUGUAAGCAAGUUCAGCUGGUACUAAAUAUCCCUGAACCUCCCUGUGGCCUGAAUGUCUCUUUGUCUCUGCUCUCAGACUCCAACAAUAACACCAAGGCCAGUAUAAAUGGAGUGGGGAGAGGUGAGGGCCUAGGCUAUUUCUCACAGGGAACCCAGAGAAACUACGAAAGUAAUGAGAGAAUAAUUUGUCCCGUGGUUGAACCAUCAACAAAUGUGACCACUAACUCCUUGGAAGAUAUAGAUAAGUCCCAGGAAGAUUUGGAGGUGUUCCUGUCUUCAAUUGACCAAGGACCCAACUGGAGCAGUGAGGACACUGAAUCUGUGCCUGGGAAAAACCUUGAAAGCCACAGCCAUUUAAGUCUGGCUCAUGCAGAUGAGCUAGAAAAACUAAAGAGAGAAAAUGGUAUUGAGGAUAACACUGUCUUAAGUCUAAAGUGCAAGUGCUCUAACUCAGAAAGACCCUUAGUGUUAUGUUCAGAGAGCAGAGGGCUAUUAAUGGAAAGCGAAUUCAAUGAGAGAGAGGGGCACUAUUGUAGCCAACCAAGGGGUCACAGCUUACCUAACAGAAGAAGAGCCAGCCUAUGCGAAUCAUUUGAAGAAUAUACAAUGGCUGAGGAGUGUAGAGACCACACACAGUUCAGAUUGCCAGCUCCACAGCAAGAGGUGAGGGUAGUAAGGUACUCACACCCUGAUGUCAGCCUCAACCUGCUUGCUGUCAGUAGUUUAGAGCCAAUUUUGGAGGCUGAGCAUUCACCAGAAAAUUGUGGUGUAACAGAGGAUGAUUUUAAAAUAGAAACACAGAAAGAAUAUAAUGUCAUAAGGCCUGCUGAGGGAGUUGGUGAUAUUGCCAAUCUUUCAGUGGACAUAUCCAGUUCCAAGAGUCCACACCACCUGCCUGAGCAGGAAGAGGUAUCUUUCACUGCUGAGAUAGAACCUGAGGUGAAUCCAGCAACACCUGUUCUAUGUGGUAGUGGCCAAGAGCACUGUCGACCUAUGACUGUUGCCUAUGAUGCUGUGUCUUACACCAGCGAUGAGUUGGAGGAUCCUCACUUUGCUAUUCCAGCCAAAAAGGCCAACCUUGACAAAAUUACCAAGAGAAGCAAAACAAAAGGCAACCAGACAGGAAAUAAAGGCUCUACGUUUUCUGUCUUUGCUAAAAUGCCUUCUUUUAGGAAGGCAAAGGGCUCAAAGGGUGCCAAGAGUGAGGAGGUACCCCAGAAGUCAUCAGAUGGGGGAGAGUGCCUUCUGUCUGAGCAAGGGGCACAGAGGGACAACUCAGAUGAUGAGUUUUUUCACAAAGGUGACAUCCUCAACCAAACAGUCCCCCAAACAUUUUCCUCAUUGCAUUACGAGAUAGAAGAAGAGGACUACGGCUUAUCCCCCUCUACUCCCCACACUUGUCAUGUCCAUCAGCUAGUCGGCCAAAGGAGUAGUGGUGAGGGUAAUGAAGGACCAAGCCCAGACAACCCCUUCCUCAGGCAAGUCCAGUCACCUAAUCGGCAGACCUACAAGAGGAGCAAGAGUAAUGACAGUUUAAACAUUCACAUUCACUUUGCACAAGCACACAAGUCCCUUUCCAGCCUGUUUGAGUCCCGUUCAAUGGAUAAGGAGAAUGAGGAGCAGGCUACUGUGGGCUUUGACAUGGAUUUUGGUAUAGCCAAACGAUCCUGGAGGAAGCCAAAGAAGACCAAGGAGGCUGAGCUGCUAAAAAUAACUUGUUCAGUGCCAGAUGGGGAAUGUAGCAACACAGCUUCUAGGCGUGGCUGUGGAGACAUACCAUCUUCUCCACUCCUGGACAGUCCAGGGUCACCGUCCUCCCUCAGAGCCCUUCCCCACACUGAUUCCAUCACCAAGUGGGGAGUUCCACAAGGAAGGGGAAAGGAAAUCCCCCAUGGGUGUAAAUCGGAGGGCCAGAGAAGAAAAUGUUCACCAAAUGGUCUACCUACCCCACUGUGUAUGUCUGGCCUACCUCCCUUUUCAGAUGACACUGCAGUCCCACAGCCAAAUCACACCAGCCCUAUUUCACCUUUAAGCUCCUACUCACUAGCCACCCAUACUCAUCCAUUUUCGCCAUCCUGGGCCAGGUCGCACCCAGUGGCCAGCGAGGGCUUGUCUAAGAGCCCCCUUCGGCCAAUGAGCCCUAAACCUAACAGUCCAAGGCCAGCAGCUCAGCGUAAACAUUUUUGCUACCCCCUCUCACCAAGGGCCAGUUCAGUCUGUCCUAUCCUUCUGGGACAGUUGGUAAGCGUGGAGGGAUUAACAGACCCCCCAGAGAGACCUAAGACCCUUAAACCAUCAGCUAGCCCUCUGGGUCUUUGCCUCAGUCCUUUGGAUGCAGCUGAAGGCAGAGCAGACAGCCACUCACACAUCAGCCUGUAUGCCAUUGGCUCUAUCAACGAAUUACAGGGCACGCAAUGCGAUGCCAGGCAGUCCAGAUCAAGAAGGCUUUUGGAGCUGAAGGUUGAAGGGAAGGCCUCUGUGGGUCUUGGUGGGCUGAGGACUGGCUGCUGGAUGGAUGUGGGCUUUGAUGGCGGUGGCCAGCAGCGAAGACGAACAUUUUCAGACGACAUCUGGUUUGAAGAGCAAAAGAAAAACAAAUGCAAACUGGCCAGAGCCAUCGGGGGGAGCUUGGGACAACUCAACACACUGUUAUCUGAGGACAUGGACAAAACCGAUGCUGGAGUCAUCUUGGGGCCCAUUGAGGCCUUCCGGGGUAUGCCCCUCAAAGCCCACUGCUUCUCUCAGAGCACCCCCAUUGGUCUUGACUGCCUGGGCUGGAAAAGACACAUCUUCUCCUCCUCGGUGGUUGUACCUGACGGGGCAUCAGAGAAGGGGGGCUUUGGGGACGAGCUCGGUAGCGAAGUGGAUCUGCUGUAUGAAGAGUUUCGCAGCUCUGGACAUCGUUUUGGACACCCGGGAGGAGGCGGAGGAGAGCAGCUGGCCAUCAAUGAGCUGAUCAGUGAUGGCAGCGUGGUGUAUGCUGAGGCCCUCUGGGACCAUGUCACCAUGGACGACCAGGAGCUGGGCUUCAAGGCCGGUGAUGUCAUCGAAGUAGUGGACGCCACUAACAAGGAGUGGUGGUGGGGUCGCAUUAUGGACAGCGAGGGCUGGUUCCCUGCCAGCUUUGUACGGUUGCGUGUGAACCAGGAUGAGCCCAUGGAGGAGUAUCUGGCGCACCUGGAGGAGGCUCAGGCUGGAGAGGAGAACCGGGCAGGUCUGGGCUUGUUGCUGGGACCUGGUUUACCCUGCAAAGAACAGAUGAGGACCAACGUCAUCAAUGAGAUCAUGAGCACAGAGAGAGUCUACAUCAAGCACCUGAAGGACAUCUGUGAGGGUUACAUCAAACAGUGCCGCAAGAGGACAGAUAUGUUCACUGAAGAGCAGCUUCGUACCAUCUUUGGCAAUAUUGAAGAGAUCUACCGAUUCCAGAAGAAGUUCCUGAAAGGCCUGGAGAAGAAAUUCAACAAAGAGCAGCCACACCUCAGUGAGAUCGGUUGCUGCUUCCUCGAACAUCAAACAGAUUUCCAGAUCUAUUCAGAGUAUUGCAACAACCACCCCAAUGCUUGCGUCCAGCUCUCUAAGUUAGUGAAGGUCAACAAGUACGUGUUCUUCUUCGAAGCCUGCCGACUCCUCCAGAAGAUGAUCGACAUUUCCUUGGAUGGCUUCCUACUCACUCCAGUUCAGAAGAUCUGCAAGUACCCGCUGCAGCUGGCUGAGCUGCUCAAAUACACCAACCCACAGCACAGGGACUACAAAGAUGUGGAGGCAGCCUUAAAUGCCAUGAAGAAUGUGGCCAGGCUGAUCAAUGAGAGGAAACGGCGUCUUGAGAACAUUGACAAGAUCGCCCAGUGGCAGAGCUCCAUAGAGGACUGGGAGGGAGAAGACGUCCUCAGCAGGAGCUCUGAUCUCAUCUUUUCUGGAGAGUUGAGCAAGCUGUCCCAGCCUCAGGCUAAGAGUCAACAGAGAAUGUUUUUCCUCUUUGAUCAUCAGAUGGUCUACUGCAAAAAGGACCUCCUGCGGCGAGAUAUGCUGUACUACAAGGGUCGGAUGGACAUGGACUACAUGGAGGUGAUAGACGUGGAGGAUGGCAAGGAGAAGGACUUCAACAUCAGCGUGAAAAACGCCUUAAAGCUGCGGGCGCUGGCUGGUGAAGAAAUCCAACUCCUGUGUGCCAAGAAGCCAGAGCAGAAACAGCGCUGGCUGAGAGCCUUCGCUGACGAGAGGAUCCAGGUCCAGCAUGACCGUGAGACAGGAUUUUCUCUUACAGAGGUCCAGAAAAAGCAGGCUAUGCUUAAUGCCUGUAAAAGCCAUCCAGCUGGGAAACCCAAAGCAGUGACCAGACCCUACUACGACUUUCUUCUGCGACAGAAACACCCCUCUCUUCCCACUGCUUUGCCCCAGCAGCAAGUCUUCAUGCUGGCUGAGCCCAAGCGCAAAACCUCCACCUUCUGGCACAACAUUGGCAGAUUGACACCAUUCAAGAAGUAAAGAAAAUUAAUCAGAAAGGAAAAGCAAAGCUGUGGACAGAAGGAACAGAGGAAGAGAUGAGCUCUGCUCGUGCCUGAUAGACCCUUUUUAAUAAUCAGUUUUCUUUCCUACUCAUAACAUUGCCCUAAUUGACAUAUUGAUUUAUUGUAGAGAUGAGGAUGAUUAUUAUGAGGAGAAGAUCAUUUUGUGAAAGCACUUUAUAGGUUGGUUAACAAUCUGACUUAAGAAUGGUCUCCUGGAGUCAAACAGGGAGAGUGGACUCUUGCUUAACUUCCUACUACAACACCCUCAAUCAAGCGCAGAUUGGUAAUAAUACUACUACUGUACUGCCGUGAGUGACUCCUGAUUGUGCUGCCUCUGUGAAGAUGUUGGCUGUCUACAAAAAUGGUGUCAUUUAUUUCCACUUUGAAUUGUUUUAUGAUUUCACAGAUGCCAAGUGAUCACAGUGCCAUGCGAUAUUGUGUUAUUUCUUUGUUUUGUCUCUGUUUAUGAAAAAAAGGGAAAAUUGAGGGAGUAAUUUCCUGUUCUUUUCUCUGUACAAAUAUAUAAUCAUGAUCGUUUUGUGAAGUCCAUCCGUCAGGAUUUGGUUCUGUAUGUCUCUGUUGCAUUUAUGAUAUUGUGCAAGUGCUUGAUUCAUGUCAUCAAAUGCAAGAAGAAGAUUCAACUUAUCUCAGAUUGGGAGCUUUCUAUUUAGACAAACAACAGCAAGCCACACUGGCAACACAUUCCUCGAGUCUGAUCCUCGACUCCUCCUACCAUGUCAAUGAAAGUAAACCUGUUCUUUCUUUUUCUUUUUUUAAGUGCCAUUUAAAGUGUGCCAUGGAUGAUUUACAAUGACAUGCAUGGAUGUGAUGAAAAAAUACUGUGAAGAAUAUUUUUUUAUCUCUGAAGAACCCUGCUAUAUUUAACCAGAUUCAGGAACUGAGGUUUCAUGUGCUACUAGGCUGACAGCGUCACAAACUGACGGUCUUUUAUCUGUGAUAGCCAGUAUUUCUGCUCUCUGUUCCUGGUCUCCAGUAUUAUCUCAUUUCAGAUCAGUGCAGCUUAGUGAUAUGACUCUGUAAGUGCAUUCAGUGAAAUGUGCUCCUUUUACCUUUAUGUUCAAAUGUUUUAGCUUCUGACGAUAUGGAAUAUUAAACAUUCCUAAGCUUACAAAUGUGACCAUCAGUGUUGUUCUGGUCAGCCAACAUUAAGUGGAAGUAUGGGCAGCAGGUUUAACUUUCAGGUUAAACCGGCUUCUUAUGAUAUUCAAGUGAGGUCUAAAGUUUUAAGCCCCUAAACUUCAAAACUUGUAUUCUUAACAUUUUUUUAUAACAAUUUUCAAAAGAAAGUAGAAGUUUGGAUUGUUUUACUAUUUUUCCUUUACAGGCAGCCAUAUCCUCUAUUCUUUUUUGUGUAGUAUGGUCAAUUGGUGGACUCUUGAAAUUUGCUUAAAUUGUUUCAUUCAUCACACAAGUCUGCUUUUAUUGACAGUGCAGAUUAUACAGACAUUCUUUAACAUCUAUGGCUCUUUUUACGGCCGCGACCAAUGUUUUUUUAAAUAAUUAAUUUUUUACAAUAUCUGCACAUGGUAAAAGGCUGGGUAAACAUUGUGCUUGCUGUUGAUGAUUGCUGCUGAUUUCAGGUCUGUGAUGAGAUGCAAACUCGAGUUUCUAGCAUUAAAGGGAGAGUCCCGGAGUCAUACAACGGAGUAUGAGGUACUUAUCCAUUGUCAGUGUAUUACCUACAGUAGAUGGAGUUUGAUGAAAUAGAUUAAUGCUUUUCACUUUCAGAUCAGUUCCCCGUCAGAAAGAGCUGAGUGACAGAAAGAUAAAGCGGUGAAAAUAUUCUAAAUAUAAUGUUCUCUUAAACUGAAACCAUUUUUGACUUGACCUUACUUGAAUUGGACUCUAGCUCAAAGACUUGAGACUUGACUUAGAUUCUUAGAAUCUCUGGACUGUAGUUGCCCAUUUAGUUGUUGUAGAGUGACAUGACAUGUGUGGUGGAAAAAAAUCUUUUUAACCUCCGGUGAGAAAUAAGCGAAAUGAGAAGACUCUUAAACGAUUAAAAACAUAUUUAUUGAAAAUAUACUAAUAAUAAUUCAGCUGAAUAGAUAGAGCUCUUUCCCCACAGAUGGUUCGGAGGUCUAACAAGAAUGAAUAGUUAAAACAGAGUAUACAUUAUCUCGUCUUUCACCCCCCCUCCCUUCGCAGAUGUUCUUCUUCUCCUCUGUCUGCCGAUGCAUCCACCAAGACCAGGUUCCCAGCCUUGGUAUUGUUUUCGUGCGCAGAGAAUUAAGUGGUGAAAUCAGGAUGACGUCAUAGCAAGCCAGACAUGAUAUGCCUUAGAUAUGAUAACAUUUAUUAUUAUUUGGAAUUAAAUUAGUCUAGUUGGCGUCGUCUGCAUAUAUAAAGGUUUAAGCGAUACAAGUUAUAACUAAAAGAACGAUAUGAUACAUUUCCACAACAAUUCCCCCUUUGGCCAUUCAUAUGGCCAUUAAAGUAUUUACAAUUUAUCGAAACAGCAACACAUAUGACCAAAAAUGGUUUAUCAUUAAUCGAUAAGGUUAAAGCACUCUCUGUUUUGUGGGAUCAUAUUUCUCAGAUAGCUGUAAUAAUGAACCUAAGUAUUACACAGAAAUGUCACUGUCGUAGUCCUAUGGGAGGAAAACAGUUGGGCAAUGGAAACAAUUGUUGCAGGAUUGGCCUUUUUACACUAAAAAGUGGGAUGCCUAAAAUGUUUUGGAUCUUUGGCACACUCUUCUUCUAUCGGUACAAGCAUAGGCUGUGGUCAUGUUUUAAACACGUCACAGUUGGUGUGCUGCUGAACUGUGAACUUAGCAUAUUCAUACCACUUGUUAUUUAAUGUUUGGCUAAAUGGUUUUACAAAUCGUUUCUUCAAUCUAGUGGUUGCUGGUUUUGGUUCUUCUCACUAUAAUUGUUUGCAUUUGGUUGUACAUUCUUUGGUUGCCAUGAUUUCUCAUGCAUCAAUUAUUAAGAAACACAAUUAUUAUUGCACAGAAGAGCAGAAAACACAUUGAACCUCUUAGGCCACACCAUCCCGGAAUGGGUGCCACGGUGCUGGAGAUCUGCCUUCCAUUGCGGCGUCAUCUUUGCACAUAUGAUUUUACCUCCUACCACACUGAUUUCUGUAUGACAGCUUUGCAGUUUGGGAAACUCGGGUUGCUACCCUCUUCUCUCUCCCCAGCCACACAAAAUGAGUGAGGUGAUCGGCUACAUGUUUGAUGCGUUGUUAGCAAACAAUACAUUUUCUACAAAAUACUAAAAAACAGUGAACCCUCUUGUGUACCAUGCUAAAUUAAUAAAAUGUGAUAUGUUCUAUCGA